CACGCACAAACACGCCGCCCGCCCACUCAAGAUGCCGCCGCUCAAGAAAAGAAAAAUCAGCCAUGAUGGCCAGACCUCCCGAACUGAAGACCGCGAGAGGUCAACCACACCGACCGAACCCUCUGAAGCCAGCGCGAGCGAUGCAGAAACGACAGAUGAACAACAACCCACUGAACGACGUCCUCGCACAUUUAGAGAGUUAGGCAUCAUUGACUCGUUGUGCGAAGCCUGCGAAUCCCUUGGCUACAAAGCCCCUACCCCGAUCCAAGCCGAGUCCAUACCCCUAGCCCUCCAGGGUCGAGAUCUUAUAGGGUUGGCAGAGACCGGAAGCGGGAAGACGGCUGCGUUUGUACUGCCCAUCCUACAAGCCCUGAUGGCGAAGCCUCAGGGCCUGCACUCGUUGAUUUUGGCCCCGACGAGAGAAUUGGCAUACCAGAUCUCUCAAGCGGUGGAAGCAUUGGGCUCGGUCAUAGCUGUCCGAUGUGUGGUUCUAGUGGGCGGCAUGGACAUGAUUCCGCAGGCCAUCGCACUGGGGAAGCAACCCCAUGUUGUCGUGGCCACACCUGGGCGUCUGAUGGACCACCUCGAGAACACAAAGGGAUUCUCACUCCGACAAUUGAAAUACCUAGUCAUGGACGAAGCCGAUCGUCUCCUCGAUCUGGACUUUGGGCCGGUUCUGGACAAGAUUCUCAAGAUCAUCCCCAAAGAAGGAAGAAAGACAUAUCUCUUCUCGGCCACCAUGUCGAGUAAAGUCGAGUCCCUACAGCGAGCGUCGUUGUCGAAUCCUCUUCGUGUGGCCGUAUCGCAGGACAAGUACCAGACGGUAUCAACACUCAUACAGUCAUACCUAUUUAUCCCUCAUAAGCACAAAGAUCUCUAUCUCGUCCACAUUCUGAACGAACUUGCAGGACAGACGGGAAUCAUCUUCACGAGGACUGUCAACGAGGCGCAACGCAUAUCGAUACUGUUGAAGUCGUUGGGAUUUUCCGCCAUCCCCAUUCACGGUCAACUCUCGCAGCACGCUCGAUUGGCCGCGCUGAACAAGUUCCGGGCCAGAUCGAGAAAUUUGCUGGUCGCAUCUGACGUUGCCGCUCGUGGUUUGGAUAUUCCGUCUGUUGAUCUGGUGGUGAACUUUGACCUUCCUCACGACAGCAAGACGUACAUCCACCGAGUUGGACGGACAGCUCGAGCCGGUAAGAGCGGCAAGGCGGUUUCGUUUGUCACGCAGUAUGACGUUGAGCUGUGGAUGAGGAUUGAGGGGGCACUGGGGAAGAAAUUAAAAGAGUACGAGGCUGUCAAGGAAGAGGUCAUGGUACUCGCGGAGAGAGUUGGUGAUGCCCAAAGAGCUGCUGCGAUGGAAAUGAAGGAGCUACACGAGGACAGGGGCAAGAAAGGAGCUACACUGAGACAUAAGAGGACUGGGAAGGGCGGUGGUGAUAAGAGAGGAAGAGACAAUAUGGAUCAAGAUGAGGGUUGAUGAUUAAUGAAUGUUGACUGUCGUAGGUACAGUAAUAGAGGUGAUGAGGAUAAAAGUUGGUAUCCAAUGGAAUGUUUUUGACCAGCGUAUGUGCUUGUGUAGGUAUGUAGUGAUGGUGUUUUGGUAUUCAUAUCGCCUCAUCAACC